UUUAGUUUUAUUUUUACAUUUAUUUCUCUUAUUUUAUUAAAUAAAUUCUUUAGUUUUAUACUUAUAAUUAUAAUAUCAAUUGUAUUGACAAUAAUCUGUCACCGAAUCCGUACAUCAAGAAGAAGCUUUCGGCUGCUUUUCGUCGCCGCCGCUSUCCAGACGCGUAAGGUUGGCCAGUAUUUACCGCGCGAAAAGAUCCACCAUAGUAACCGCGAACGGCAACGAGAUAUUGACCAGUUGGCCGAUACGAAAGCGCGGACGGACACACCGUUUUACUUAUAUUGCCGACAAUAUCCGCCGCUAACAUUGUUUCAGAGUUGGCAACUGAUGAUAGCAAUCACUGGUGCCAUCAAUCCCAGGGAACCACCAAUUGAUUUGACCAGUAUUUGCAAUACAAACGGUCGGUUGGGUGGGUCUGAAUAUUUAAUUGAUAUCUCUAUCGAUGACAAUCGUUGUCCUCAAUGCAACUCACAAGUGGUCGUGAAAACCAAUGGUUACAACACACCGCCGAGUAAUAAUAAUAAUAAUAAUCUCAUGAAAUUCAGUGACCAAUCGGCUGAAAAAGUGGUCAACAACAAGACGCCAAUCAGAAUGUGUUGUAUAUGUUUGGAUGAAUCGGUCGGUGCCAUCAAACAACUUAAUUGUGGCCACAGUUUUCAUAACAAAUGUAUUAAUAGAUGGUUUGCAACAAAACAUAAUACAUGUCCGAUAUGUCGUCAAACAACGGUUGUCUCUCCUAUACCAUCAUCAACAACAAGACUGAAUUUAUUUGUAGGCUCAUUGAAUCAAGCAAUACAUGCCUUACCGGUCAAUCGGGUGCGCGAGGAAAAUGGUCGGGCUACAUAUACAGUCAAUGAUCAGGGCUAUUUUGUUAUCGUCUCAUUUAAUCAUAAUCAAAAUUAAUCAUCUUUUAAAUAAUUUUUUUUAAAUUAUUAAUCAUUAUUAUCAAUAUAAUG